UUGUUCGCGAGAGUCGCAGUCGGAACGGAGUCGUGUAUAGAUCGUCGUCUUCGUCGGCGAAGGUUUUCAAUAUUUUAUGCGAGCAAGUGUAGAAAGUGGAAAGACAUCUUUUUUCGUUUUGACAGUUUCUGGAAUCUAAAUCAAUAGUGUCUCAUCGGGAGUGUGUACAAUUUGGGUGUUUCUAGUUGCGUAAGCCCCGUGAAAAUGUCCGUUUGGAAUCGGUUGCCGAUAUCGUGGGUGAAUGGUUGUGUGUGAGCGAAGAAAAUCGGCUACCGAUUUGGGUUUGGCAAAUGGAAAGUCCGUCGUCAUCAAACUUGUAGUUGCAAUCCUAGUUUCGCUGCAGUCACCGAAAAUUAAGUUUUGCACUUAGGGGAACGAGAAAAAUUAGCUGUUUAGUCGGGUAGAUAACAGCGGAUUGAGGGUAUAUAAGUCUGGGACAAAGAACGCAACAGUGGAAUCAACACGAGCGAAGGUUUUCGCAAGGAACGGGACUGAUAUGGAUAAAGAAUUUUUCAAGUCGCUGAGCUGACCGGAAGUUGGUGUGUGACAAGAGCAACAACACUGAGUAGAUUUGGACUGCUGCUAAAGAACAGCUGCGUGUCCAUCAAUUCCAAGCAAAAUUUUCGUGCUGGAGCAAAAUAGCACAAAAGAAAUGAGCCGGAAUGUAGCAGGUUGAGCGUUCAAAGGUGCAGCUCAAAGAUUUGUGGAUUAAUCAUCGGCGUGAGGCUCUCAUCCUACGUCUACUUUUUUACCAGUGGAGGUGUGCUUAUAGGACAAUGUGUGGUGCAGUACUGCUUGUAUGUUAUGUCCGCUGCAUCUACUAAGAGGAUUUGUGAAGUGUACAAGCCAGCGAUGCUGUGUUUGUAAAAGAAGAAGCAAUUUGAUUUUUUCUUUUAUUGGAACAAGUGGAACAAUAGCAACAGCAGCAGCGAAAAAACGAAAGGUGACGUGAAUGUUUGAUUUACUAACAGCAGCAGCAGUCGUCUGAGAUAAUUGAAAAAAAAAGCUGAAUUCAUACAAAGGAAAUGACGAGCUUUAAAAAGUUUUGGAAGGGAAAGUGAUAAAAAUUUUUUUUGUUUUCGUCAGUUGCCUUGAGUAGACGUGAAAAAAGCAUUAUCGCACAAUAGUGUCACGCAGAAUAGAUACGGAUGUGUGCGAAUUAUUAGUUUUCGUAUUGGAAAUAAUCAAUAAGCUCUAGUGCGCAAAAUGGAUAUGCAACAGCCGCAGCAGAAAUCAGCAUUUGAAAUGGAAACGCAGGAAUCCCGAUUUGCCAAACAGCGUGCUUCGGUAAAAUGGCUCCUCUCGAAGGCGUACAACAACCGAGUGCCGGAGUUCCUCAAAGAUCCCUUCUAUCGGGACCACGAAGGCCAGGACCACCUGAAGCCGCAGAUUGUCGUCGGUCUGGGGAACGCUUCCAUCUACUGCCAGGUGCUGAGCAACAUCUACUCCGACCCGAACUAUCAGAGCCUGAAUCACUGGUCCAUACUGCAGACACUGUCCCGGAAGGGUGUGCCACUGAACGAAUCUCCCGGCCAGCCGCUAACGGAAACCGUUCUGAUACAAACGAAUCCUCUUAGAAUUAAUGCCCACAUGACUGUGAUAGAAGCGCUGAUGGUGUUGUACGCUAAAGAAGUCGCUUCCAGCGGAAGGAUUUCCAGUGCUUUGGAAAGAAUAUCCGGCCGAAGUGGGUCUCAACCCGCACAACACCACGAGGCAGCAUUGCUGAGUUGGAUUUCGCACGUAUGCAGUGCGCUGAAACGACGCAUUGACUACGAGGUGGCCAACGGAGGUGUUGCCGGUUCAUCCGUCGAUGAAUACGGUCAACGACUCCAGAGCCCGAACAUUCCACCAGUUCGUGAUAUUCGUGACCUAUGCGACGGUGUCAGUUUAGCUUACCUAAUAUCGUAUUAUUGUCCCAAAUUAGUUCCUUGGUCCAGUGUUAAAUUCAACCACGUACCAACCAUAGAGGACUCAAUCCACAAUAUCCUCAUAGUUAGUAAUUUCUCCGAGCGAAGCUUGCCAUAUUCUGUGUUUCACAUGACCCCAGAGGACAUAACCUACAUGCGAGGAGCUAUGAAACAGAAUUUAGUCGUCCUGUUGGCUGAUCUGUUCAACCUGUUCGAAAUACAUCCAGCGAAGUGUGUAUGUUAUCCUGGUAUGGAACAACAGCAGGUGCCCGAUUCCGGAACAAACGAGCACGGCAUCGCGCAUCGGCGCGGAAUCGCGACUCACCAGGCCAUCGUAUUCAUUCCCGAGCUACGAGCGGGUCUUGAUUCGCCCCCGGGCAGCAGUGGGGGUACUACUGGCGGCGGUAACGGAGGCGCUACUGCUAAACCACCGUUUCAAGUGGUUCGUUCACCGUCCGCUAGUACUCUGCGAAAACAUGUAUCCGCUCGUGAUAUGCAGGAUCAGCAGCCACAAUAUACACAACACUCACAGCAGCAACAACAACAGCAGCAGCAUCAGUAUCAAGAACACGACGAAGGCUUUGUCGUACACCGAAGCAAAGGAGUGCCAACGUUAUCAUCAAUGCAAGAACCUUUGGUCCCGGCUCGAAUCCGGCAGGCCAAGGAAAAAACAAACAACGACUCAAAGGCAGAUGAAAGAGGCGAUAGUAUUCCUGCAGGUCGGCCCAGUAACUGGGAUGAAACCCGGAAGCCGAGUUUCUCAGGUCGACGCUCGCGACGCAACUCACUUAGUGAAGAAUCUCAGCUGACAAUCGAAAACUUCGGUGGCUCACAGGACCAAUUGAACACGAUUGGUCGCUUCGAACGAGAACGCAAAAUUUCCAACACUAGUCUAACGUCGGUGGAACCGGCCACACCCGUACGAUCGUCGUUGGCCGAUGCGCGGGGAUCGAUUCAGUUCGGCUACGAUACCGACUCAUCCGGUAACGAGAAGCAAGAUCGAGACACCGAGAAACCGGUGCCAACGCUAAGGCGGCACAAUAGUACCAAUCUACAUUCCAGCAGCGUUGAAAAAGACAUUAUCGAUGGUGAUAUGAGUUCCAAUUUCGGCGGUGUUGGGGCGGGAGGUGCAGGGCUAGUUAGUAUUGCGGACGCCGAUUGCACACCGCGGAGGAAAACAUCUUUUGCGGGGCUCCCCAGCGGUAACACAACAACCUGGCAGCAGCAGGCUAUAAGCGUUCAAAAAAUGGAUGAUUCGGACGAUAUUCAACCGGGAUACGAGGAUGCAAGCAAGAUAUCCAACAUCAAACUUAAACUGGAGGAAAAAAGACGACUAAUUGAGCAGGAAAAACGACGGGUAGAAGCCGCCUGGUCCAAGCAGUUGCAAACGGUUGGAAAACAAGCCUUUUUACAAGCUAUUAACAAGGGUAAUAAGAAUGGCAAUACAACGGAACCAGAGUCAUCCAAUGGGUCCGCUGAAACGGUGGUAGUAGAGGACACUGGAGGCGCUACGGUAGAAAAAGCAGAGCGGCCGUGUUCUCUAAAGGACUUGGAUGAUCAAAGUAAAUAUGAGUCGAAAUGGAAUGCCCAAAUCAUCGAACCUAAAAAAACGCCAGAUUUGGAGAACAUGGACCUGGAACAGUAUCAACAAAGUAUUUCAAAAAUGAACUCCAACCUGCACGACAUCCAGGCUGACAUUCAGCGUUUAACUCAACAGCAGAGCCAGAUUCAGGCACAAACGAUCCAGGCCCAACAGCUACUGCAUGCCCAGCAAAUCGCCAGUCUACUCAGUCAGCAAUACGGGUCCCAGCAAAACAUCCAGCAAACAACUCACGGAACCUAUCGGCCCAUCAAUACUCAGCUGUUCGGCUCUAGUCCCCAUCUGCCGCAGCAAGCCGGACUGCUGCAACAGCAGCCACCGCAGCAGCAACAGUCACCACUCAACUAUGGCACAAGACCUCCCAGUCGUGAUCCGUAUCUGACUCAGCAGCAGCAAAUGCACACUCUCCAGUACAUCAACGACCAGGGUCAAUACAUUCAACAGGCACAGCAGCAACCAUUUCCCAACAGUAGUCACCUACCGUACGAGAACGGACAGUACCGGAAGGAGAAUCAAUACUCAUCUAAUCCGUAUCUGAGUACGGAGCCACCGCAGCAACAGUUUUACCAGGAUUCCAACCAUUAUCGAGAUUCAUACUUGCUCCAGGAAGUUAAAGAAUCACCCCUUCAGCAUCAGCAGCAGCAGCAGCAACAGCACAAUCAAUUCUUCUUGCAUGACAGCGGCAGCACUCCUCCGCAACCUGCCCAGCGACGAACAUGGGCGCAAUCUGCCGCAGCGGCCGCUAAUCAACGGGGCGGUACCAAUGACAUAGCGCUGGACAUUAACGCUUGGAAUCAAGGCAUGAAGAGUUCACCAUACAACAAAUCCCCUAGUCAAAGUGGUUUUUCACUGCAUCAUAAUGGAGACUCUGGAAGUGGUGGUAUCGAUAAUUAUGGUUCCAAUAGCCGUCAUGGCGGUAGCCAACAGUCAUUCCAGAACCUAUUCGAAAUUCAUCAUGGCUCUUCCGGUAGCCCACAGCACAAUCGCGUACGAAAUCAAAUUUCGCAAAUGAUCAACCAUGGCAGCAGCAGUAAUUCCUCGCCCAGUGCGGAAAAUCGCAGUCACCACGACAGUUUUCGGGAUAACCGAAGCAUGCCACUGUCGCCACCGAUUGACGAUAUGGCACCACAGAGCAUUUCCUUCAUCGGAGAUGAAGAUUCUGGUGAUAUCGAGAUCAACACAUCGAAAAACAGUAGCUUUACCCGACGGCAGCAACAGCAGCAGCAGCUGGAACAGCUGUACGGUAGCAGUAAGAUGGGUCACAAAGCACCCCAGAGCAAUAACGUUCACGAUUUGGACAAGCAUUUAAGCAAGUUUAAUAUCACCAGCGGUAACCGUACUUACAGAAUUCCGUCUCCGACCAGGCCAACUAUCAACUCGAAUAGUUUCCAUGACCCACAACAGGACGAAGUAAAUGAGAAAGGUUUCUAUAUUUCGUUCGACAACGAGCAACCAAAGCGACCAAAACCCCCUCUACGGACCAAGCGUUCGCCGAAAAAAGACAAACUCGGAAGCGGGGGCAGUGAUGCAGACACCAGCGAAAAAAGCAAAGAAUCCGAAAGAUCAAGCCAUAGAGAGAACAAUCAAAACAAUUUCGGCACCUUCAGUGUGAAGACAGCCAACAGUUUCUCCGCUAACUUCAACGAGGAGCAAGUGGUCAGCCGCAAGAGUAUUAUCGAUAGUGCAACGUCACCGUUCGAAACGGGCGCUGGGAAUCGGUCCAGUAAUAAUAACAACGGCACUGGUAGUGGCACGGGAAUGUCUUACGAGCGAGACUUCAGUGAGAGGCGCCAUCUGGAGGAUGUCACGAAUCACACCAACAGUAGUGUGAACAACAACAAUAUUCACCAUUUUAACAAUAACAACAACGGAGACGGCUAUGGCAGUGAGAACGAGAAUCAGCGGAAGGCCAAGCUGGUGAUUGGAACCGACGUUACGAACUUAGAUCCGAGCUCUGUCGAUGAAAUGGAGCGGAAAAAGGAGAAGAUUAUGCUGUUAUCGCUGCAACGGCGACAGCAAGCGGAAGAAGCCAAGGCUCGCAAGGAAUUCGAAGCAAUACAGCGAAGAGAGAAGGAACGGGAGAAGGAGGAAGAGCGAGCUCGCAAAAAGGAGGAGCAAUUUGCCAGACGUCAAGCGAUCCUGGAAGCACACAAACUCAAAAAGGCCAUCGAAGAAGCGGAGAGAGAGGGUAAGACCAUCGAUCGUGAGCUGUUGAUCAAACACCAGCAGCAUCAAGCACAACUGCACCAGUCACCGGCAGCCCCAAUGCAUCAAACAUCAACACCGGUAGCCAAGAUGCGCCCACAAAAGCUGAGCCGACCGCGGCCCAAAACGAUACAUGUCGAGACGGGUUCGGUCGAUUUGAGUGAAACUUCCAGCCUCAGCAGUCGAGGCAAAAAGGGUUCAAAUACGAACUUGACCGGAAUCGGUUUACAAAGCUCAAACUCCAUGCGACGAGAUUACUACCGGGGAUCGCAGGAUUCAUUAGCCAUUCGAGAAUCACCGGAUGAAUAUCCGAGUAGCAGCUCGACACCAAUAGGCCGGAGAGGCUCGUACAAAACUGGAAGAGAACCAGCGACGAUCGAACGAGGUCGUACGUUAUCACGUAUCUCACUAGCGAAAGGUGCCAAUUUCCGGGGACGUAAAUCCAACUCCCUGAUGAAUCUAUGCGAUUCCGACUCCGGCUUGGGACGUGCGACGCCCCCGAGACGCGCUCCGUCGCCUGGCAUGGGACCGUCGAGUCGGCAUCUUCCUUCACCCUCCGGUCCUGGCUCGCUGCCGCCAGGACUAAUCACCAAACGUCGCGGCUUCGAUGAUGGUUCCAGCGACAUUUCCUCAACCGCCAGUUCCAUGAUGGACUAUAAUGGUCCAAAAAUUUACAAACAACCUGCCACAAAGUCGAACCGAGGUAUUAUCCUGAACGCCGUUGAGUAUUGUGUCUUCCCGGGUGCGGUGAACCGUGAUGCCAAACAGAAGGUGCUGGAGAAAAUUGCCCGUUCGGAGGCGAAACAUUUCCUGGUGUUGUUCCGCGAUGCAGGCUGUCAGUUCCGGGCGCUGUACGGCUACUGGCCGGAAAAUGAACAGAUCAUCAAACUGUAUGGAACCGGCCCGAGCCAAGUGGACGACGUGAUGUUCGAUAAGUUUUUCAAAUACAACUCGGGUGGUAAAUGUUUCACCCAAGUGCACACGAAACACCUCACCGUGACGAUUGAUGCAUUCACGAUACACAACUCCCUGUGGCAGGGUAAAAAAGCGAAUUUACCGAGCAAAAAGGACAUGGCCCUAGUGAUUUGAAGUGGUCCCCGCAGCCAGAGCUGGCGAUUGCGCCAAUUACGAUAGUAGUGAUAGAGUGACGUGAAACUAACCGCUAACUCCUCAUCUGCUGUUCCUCCGCACCAACGGCGGUGCUCCGAGCGCGACGGUGUAGGUAAAUUCAGAUUCUAAUUCUUUGAAGGUACUUUGCUGUCGCACGCACAAGUAAAUGCGGAUAUAUAUAAAUGUAUGUUCUUGGGACUAGUUUCGAUUCAUCAUAAUAACUGUGUCAAAGCUAACAUUCUACUAGCAAAGCAACCAUCAGGAAAGAGAUAGUAUUUUCCUUGUAGCAAGUUUAAGUGAAUUGUUGUUGAGCUGAAGCUAUCUGAGAGAAGAAAAAAAAAGUAUUGUAAACGGAUCUGCACGACUACAGCCGUGCUACGAAGAGAAAAAUCCAACUUUUAGAAAAUUGUAUGAUUGACAAAACAAAUGCUUAACUCAUCUCUGCGGGAUUUGAUAUUUGUGCAGGCAGCAAGAGCAGCUUUAGUUGGCCUUAAAAAGUUGUUCUUUUCUUUUAGGAAAAAUUGUUAUGUGGGCACAAGCUUCCAGCCUAGUGCUGUGAGCUUGCUACUGAUUAUUGAUAAAAAUCAGUUGCUUGGCAAGGGAUUUUUUCCGAGGAAACAAUAUCAAUACAUCUGAAACAAUGAUCAAUUCGGUCCAGUCGCAUAUGUGUCAUUUUUUGGCAGUUAUUUUCAGUUGGUUGAUUAUUGUGUGGGUUUAUGUUUAAUGCGAUUUUCUAGAAAUUUUUUUUUCUGUUUUGAAGUUUAACGAACGGUUCGCAGAACGAAUCGCAACGUCACACCUACUGCAGGUCUGGUCUGUCCUGUCUGCUGAAUCUUUAAUCUCAUCAUCUAGUGAAAGUUGAGAGUCAGCUAGAGGAUACCCUCAACUUAGAGAGAAGUCUUAGCUCACUUUUGGGACUUCUCACCCCUGCACUGAAGUUUCUGGCAGUAUUUUGUUCCUUCUUACCUUUACGGUGUUUCCUGGCUACACGAACUUAUUCACUAAUGUAGUUACGUGUAAAACGACCUCAAACCGUGUACAUCUGUUAUUCUAAGGUGCUCUCCUUAGGAUCUUUUUUCAUAUCUUCUAAGGCCAUUGCGUUGAAUCGGUAUUUUUUUUUUUUUUUGUAAAAUAAACUGGAGCAAUAUGCAAACACAAUACGACCCACACAGUAAUUACCCGAAUAAAUUGAAGCUUUGAAUAAACCAGAUUUCGUUGAACCAUUUCCAAAAAAUCCCAUGCAGAUUAAAAUUUGUUAAAACUAAUGCUGUCCUGAUGUUGAAACCCCCGAUUAUCUGGUGCAGCAAGCGCUCCUGUCUUGAGCUCGCGCAAGCUCUUCCCGUUUUCUGUCCUUUAAAUUCUAGAAGAACCCAUUGGAAGCCGACCCAUAUAUGAAUACACCAUAACACAGUACUGAGAAUAACUUUAACCUACUAGUAAAAAUGAAAUAGUUGUAGUGAUAAGCAAUUAAUUUAUUUUACCCGUUUCUGUUUUUUUAUUGUUUCUGUUAUAAACAUUUUAUCGAUCCAUCUUGCUACAGUACUUUCCGUGUUCAGAAUUGUAGUAGCCCCCUUAAAGUUUACAACUACAGUCGUAAUGUUACACACACCAACUGAUUAAUUUAUUAACUGACUCGCGAUUGUACGCACCCUAUAUAUUUUUAACCAUGCUAGACUUUUAGGAUAAUCAGCAUUGAGUAAAUACAAGUCCAUUAGUUGUGUAGGUUAGACGCAUGGUAAAAUUCCAACCCAAUGACUCGAAGACUAACUAACGAUGAUAAAAUCGCUACUAACCGAAGUCCGUGGGAACAGCCCUCAGAUGAAGGAGUUUUAAUUAUUUUUAGUUUAUCUCAUUUCCCAUUUUUGUCGAGUUCGGAAUGAAGAUUAACUUUUUUUUUCUAACGAGUAUAAAGAUCAAAAAACUCACAACACACGUGUCUAAUCAUUAAUUUUAACUGUAUAUUACUGCUUUUUGCGGGUUGCUAACGCAUCGUUUAAUAUGGAAUCGAAGAAGGAUGGGGUUAUGCGAAGCAUCCGCCGUGCAGAGCAUUGAAGAAAAAAAAAUUAUAGAGAUGAGAAAUAUAAGUUAUAUUUAGUAAAAGAUGUAAACAAGAACAGUUAUUGAAUAACUCUUAGGGCCCAUUUGCCGAGCAUAAAUUUAACUAUGAAGUAUCUGACCAUUUAACGAUUUUUGUUAAUAAUUUACUGCUGGAUUAAACAUAAUUUACUAGGAAUCAUUGAAACCAAUUAUUUUGUACAUCCAUGAAUACUAGGAAAACAAAACCAACAAAUAAAAAGAAGUUGAUUAACGGAAACCAAUUUUAUUUAAGUAAUUAAAAUAUAACCGUUUUUAUUAACAAAUUCAA